UAGUAACCCCGACUUCAUAUCCUUACUUGUUAUUUUAAAAACUUCAAACGUGAACAAGCUUUUUCAACUCUUGUCAGUCAUAGACAAAAAGCAGGUCCCAGGGUCGUAGUGCUGAGGGGUAAAAGGGCUUGUUUGAAGAUCCACUGCCCUUGGGGUUGAGCGCCUUCCUGGAAUGGUUUUCCACUCAGCGCUCCACAGUUCCUAUCUUCUGGAAUCAUAUAAGCAGUGAUUCACACCGCACUAAGCCUUUGCAGUUUACCAAGCACAUUCAUCACACGCAGAAGGCUUCCAGGUAGGUCAGGUUCCAACACGUUAACAGAGAUUCACCUUCGGGCCACCAGACUUGCACUACUUUGCUAAACACCAUCAAAACCAACAGGUUUUCUCCGCUCACCCUUUCACGAGGAGCGUGCCUAGGGAGACCACCAAGAGGGCAAUGCUGUCCCAGGAAGCAUUUUGCAUAGUCUGGCAUAAGGACUCCACUCUGGGGAUAGGCUGUGCAAAAAGCGCGGGAGGGGGGAGGACCUCUUAACCUUUUGGAUCUUAGUCCAGGGCAGUCCUGGCUGGGGGCAAAGGGACUUUUUAAUCUCCGGAGGCAGGGGGCCGGGAGGAAGAUUCUGGGAAAGACGCACCUGUGCAGGCGCUGUACCCAGGGCGCUCGGGGGCCUCUUCCGCAGGCGGUGGGAGUGUCCGGGCCGCCCAGAGGUGAGCUGCGGGGCGGGGCGGGGCGGGGAGCACCUGGGCGGGGCCGGGGCGGUGCGCGGGGCCGAGGCUCCGGGGCCGGGCGCGCGCCAAUGGGCAGCGGUAGGCAUCGCGUCCCGCGCCCGAGCCGCAGUCGCGCCCUCUUGCUGCCUGGCGAAGGCGCGGAGGCGAGCGCGGGGGAGAGCAGCCACCGGCGCCGCUGCCGCCGUCAGGGCAUCAGGAUGGCCGUGGGCUCUGUCAAGAUGCAGCCACCGUGCGAGAGCCCGGCGCUGGCCUCAGCGGCCCCGGCCGAUGGCCCCCUGCGCCGCAGCCCGAGCGCCCGGGAGCCCGAGCGCGAGCCGCCCGCCGCGUCUCUGCGGCCGCGCCUGCGAGACCUGCCUGCGCUGCUGCGGAGCGGGCUCACGCUGCGGAGGAAGCGGAACGCCGCCGGGGCCCGGACUCUUUCAAGAAGAAUUUCCAACCCAUACCUUGAACAUACUUCUUCCCAGAUUUAUGGAGAGAAUUCUUCUUGUGCAGGAAAAGCAUUAAGAAAUAUUAUUAUCCUUCAAGCAGCUGACCUGGUAAAGGACAGAGUGAACCUCAAGGGAUUUUACAGGAGAAGCUGUGUGGGGUCAGAGCUGGUUGACUGGCUUCUAGAACACUGCCCUUUCGUCCAGUGUAGAUCUAUGGCCAUUGGGGUCUGGCAGCUCCUACUGGAUAUGGGAAUUAUGUCUUCAGUGGACCAACAUCUGUACUUUCAAGAUAACUAUGUUUUCUACCAAUUUUCUUCGGAGGAAUGUAGCUACUUGUACUGUGAAUUUGAAAGAGAAGAAGAAUGGCAAAACGGAGUGAAGCUUCUGCUGCAGCUUGUGCAUCUCCUUCCUGCUAGAGCUGGCACCUGUGAUCUGUCUCAUCAGAAAGUGGAGGACUCAGAAGAAAGCAGCGAUGAAAUUCUCGCUCGGCUAACAUCUGCGGUGCAGAGAGAGCUAGCGACUGUUAUUGCGAUGAAAGCAAGAAAGUCCGCUGUUGAAGAAGAUGACGGAAGCACCGCCAAGCACGUAACUGUGACAGAGGCUAACGAUGCUCCCGAUCCUCAGGCUGGAGUGAUGUGCAAGCUUCAAGAGAGAGAUGAUAUCGGGCGUAUCGAGCUGGUCCAGAGGCUGGCCAGAGAAAACUGCCAGUUUCUACAGACCGACAGAAAAGAGCCAGAGAAGUCUGAGCAGCAAGAUGAUGAAGUCCCGAUGGUUCAAGUUAAAGAGCAAGGCCAGAGUGUGCUGGUGCUGAAGAAAGUAGCAAGCUGUGGCCCAGCCCCCACCACGGGGAGUGCGGAGAGAGAGAGAGAUGCGAGAUAUAUGGUGGUGUCCGGGACCCCGGAGAAGAUCUUAGAGCACCUUCUGAAUGACUUGCACCUGGCAGAGGUUCAGCACAAAGAAACAGAGACGCUCCUCGAUGACUUCCUUCUCACGUAUACAGUAUUCAUGACAACUGAUGACCUGUGCCAGGCGCUAUUGAGACACUAUUCUGCUAAGAAGCAUCAAGGGGAAGAAGAAAAAUCAGAUGUCCCUUGUCGGAAGCGUAAGGUCCUACAUCUGGUUUCACAGUGGAUUGCUCUGUACAAAGACUGGCUACAUGAAGAUGAACAUUCAAAAAUGUUUCUAAAGACCAUCUACAGGAAUGUACUGGAUGAUGUCUACGAAUACCCAAUUCUCGAGAAAGAACUGAAAGAAUUUCAGAAGAUACUUGGGAUGCAUCGCCGGCACACUGUUGAUGAGUACUCACCACAAAGGAAGAGUAAAGCCCUUUUCCACCAAUUCAGUCUUAAGGAGAACUGGCUGCAGCAUAGAGGAACUGUGGCUGACACAGAGGAAAUUUUUUGCCAUGUGUAUAUAACGGAGCACUCCUAUGUCAGUGUGAAGGCAAAAGUUUCCAGUACGGCCCAGGAGAUCCUGAAGGUUGUGGCUGAGAAGCUGCAGCGAGCUGAAGAGGAUCUGGCUCUGGUGGCCAUCAUGUUCUCUGGAGAAAAGCAUGAAUUUCAGCCAAAUGACUUGGCUGUUUCCAAAUCCCUGGAGGCCUCGGGUCGGAUAUUUGUCUACCGGAAAGAUCUUGCUGACACUUUGAAUCCUUUUGCAGAAAAUGAGGAAUCGCAGCAAAGAUCAAUGAGGAUUUUGGGAAUGAACACUUGGGACCUUGCUCUCGAACUGAUGAGUUUUGAUUGGAGUCUGUUUAACUCAAUCCAUGAGCAAGAGCUGAUCUACUUCACGUUCAGCAGACAGGGAAGUGGGGAGCACACGGUGAACCUCAGCCUUCUGCUCCAGAGGUGUAAUGAGGUGCAGCUGUGGGUGGCCACGGAGAUCCUGCUCUGCAGCCAGCUGGGCAAGCGCGUGCAGCUGCUGAAGAAAUUCAUCAAGAUUGCCGCUCACUGCAAAGCCCAGCAGAACCUGAACUCCUUCUUCGCUAUUGUGAUGGGUCUCAACACGGCCUCUGUGAGCCGGCUGUCACAGACCUGGGAGAAAAUUCCUGGAAAGUUUAAGAAACUUUUCUCUGAACUUGAAAGCUUAACGGAUCCUUCCCUAAAUCACAAAGCCUACAGGGAUGCAUUCAAAAAGAUGAAGCCACCAAAAAUCCCUUUCAUGCCCUUAUUGCUUAAAGAUGUAACGUUUAUUCAUGAAGGAAAUAAAACAUUCUUGGAUAAUCUCGUCAACUUUGAAAAGCUGCACAUGAUUGCAGACACGGUCCGGACCCUGAGACACUGCAGAAGUAACCAGUUUGGAGGUGACAUGUCUCCAAAGGAGCAGCACGAGCUGAAGUCCUAUGUCAACCACCUGUAUGUCAUCGACAGCCAGCAGGCCCUGUUCGAGCUCUCUCACAGGCUGGAGCCCCGGGCCUGAGCUGCCCCGGGCCUGAGCCACGUCCAUCCGUCCUGUGACUACAGCACUUAACGCAAAGGGAAGGUCUCCGUUCAGCAUGCUGCUUCCUGUGAGAAAAGAGCUUGCUGAGUUCUAGCAGCUACCAUGAGACAAGUGCAGGAAAGGCUUUCGGAAAGCGAUGCCAGCUACCAGAUGCGGAGAGUACCCCCUCUCCCCACCUCAGCGAGAAGAUGGAAGGAGUCGGAGCAUCCUUGGAACAGGGUCUUUCUUAUGAUGGUGAUUUCAAUCCAGCCCAAGUCUCAGCUUAAUGGCGUGGCAGCAUUAAGAGAAAACAUGUCUUGAUAUAUAGCAGCCAGUAAGAUUGUGUGUAGCAGGGAGGACUGCCAUUCUGCCCGCAUCACCUUACUGCCUAGGAGCCAUUAAGAGACCGGGAGCAUCU